AGCUGGUGAUCAGGAACUGAAACUUCUGGAAAGUGUGGGACAGACUUGCAGAGGAGAAUUCUGAUUCUGCUUCUCCUGAGAUUCCUGCUUCCAUCUAAGGGGUCAUCUUUGGGUUUAGACUUACGCAAAGAUCCUCCCUCUCCUAGGAAAGCAAGGACAUGCCACCUAAGAUGAAAGAAAAAGGGAGGAAAGCUGCGGCACAAAAGAAGAAAAAGAACUCAGGUGCUGAUGUGGAGACCGAAGCCAAGCACAGGCUGAUGCUGCUGGAGAAGGAGCUACUUCGAGACCAGCUGGCUCUCCGAAGGGAUGAGGCCCGCCGAGCCAAGGCUGCCAAAGACCUGAUGAAGCAGAGGUUGCAAGGAUUGGAGGUUGAACUAGAAAGGGCUCAGAGUGAAACGAAGGCCAUAUAUGCAGAAAUAUGCCAGAAAAAGGCAAAGGCUGCAAGGGAAGAGGCUGAGCAAGCACUUGGAGAGAGAGACCAGAUCCUGGCUCAGCUUCAGGCUCAUGUGACAGACAUGGAAGCCAAGUAUGAAGAAAUCUUACAUGGCAGCCUGGAACAGCUCUUGGCCAAGAUGAGAGCUGUGAAGCCGCAGUGGGAUGGAGACAUUCUUAGACUCCAUGCCAGGCACAAGGAGCAGCUGCGCCAGUUUGGACUCAACCCUCUGGAUAUUUGAGACUCUCUCUCAUCUCUGA